AUGUUCAUCAACCGCUGACUAUUUUCAACCAACCACAAAGACAUUGGCACUCUUUACCUAUUAUUUGGCGCUUGAGCUGGAAUAGUGGGAACCGCCCUAAGCCUUCUAAUUCGCGCUGAACUGGGUCAACCUGGAACCUUACUAGGAGACGACCAAAUCUAUAACGUAAUUGUAACCGCUCAUGCGUUCGUAAUAAUUUUCUUUAUAGUUAUGCCCAUCAUAAUCGGAGGAUUCGGAAACUGGCUAGUCCCCUUAAUAAUUGGGGCACCCGACAUAGCAUUCCCGCGAAUAAACAAUAUAAGUUUCUGACUUCUCCCACCAUCAUUUCUUCUUCUACUCGCAUCCUCGAUAGUCGAAGCCGGUGCCGGGACAGGCUGAACUGUUUAUCCGCCCUUAGCUGGAAAUCUAGCCCACGCAGGAGCCUCUGUUGACCUAACCAUCUUCUCCCUACACCUAGCCGGAGUAUCCUCAAUUCUAGGUGCCAUUAAUUUUAUUACCACAAUUAUUAAUAUAAAACCACCAGCCAUAUCCCAAUAUCAAACGCCCCUAUUCGUGUGAUCCGUUUUAAUUACAGCUGUACUCCUAUUACUAGCACUUCCAGUCUUAGCAGCAGGAAUUACCAUGCUACUAACAGACCGUAACCUGAACACUACUUUCUUCGACCCAGCAGGGGGAGGCGACCCAAUCUUAUACCAACACCUCUUUUGAUUUUUCGGCCACCCUGAAGUCUAUAUUCUAAUCCUACCAGGCUUUGGAAUAAUCUCACAUAUUGUUACAUAUUACUCAGGAAAAAAAGAACCUUUCGGCUAUAUAGGAAUAGUCUGAGCUAUAAUAUCUAUCGGAUUCCUAGGAUUCAUUGUAUGAGCCCACCACAUAUUUACUGUUGGCAUGGACGUUGACACACGAGCAUACUUCACAUCCGCCACUAUAAUCAUCGCUAUUCCCACUGGCGUAAAAGUAUUCAGCUGAUUAGCUACCCUUCAUGGAGGAAACAUCAAAUGAUCACCAGCUAUACUAUGGGCCCUAGGCUUUAUUUUCUUAUUCACAGUGGGAGGCUUAACAGGGAUUGUUUUAGCCAACUCAUCAUUAGAUAUCGUACUUCACGACACAUACUACGUAGUAGCACAUUUCCACUAUGUUUUAUCUAUAGGAGCAGUUUUUGCUAUCAUAGGAGGGUUCGUCCACUGAUUCCCCCUAUUCUCAGGAUACACACUCAACCAAACCUGAGCAAAAAUCCACUUCAUAAUUAUAUUCGUAGGAGUGAAUAUAACCUUCUUUCCACAGCACUUCCUUGGUCUCUCAGGGAUGCCACGUCGCUACUCAGACUACCCAGAUGCAUACACAACAUGAAACACUAUCUCCUCUAUAGGGUCCUUCAUCUCGCUUACAGCAGUAAUACUUAUAGUCUUUAUAAUUUGAGAAGCAUUCGCAUCUAAACGAGAGGUAUCAACAGUAGAACUAACCACCUCUAACCUUGAAUGGCUACACGGAUGCCCUCCCCCAUAUCAUACAUUCGAAGAGCCUGUCUACGUAAACCUAAAAUAA